UUAGGAUUGUGGUAGGCUGUGAUCUACCUAGUAAAUAAUGCAGAACAGAGCAGAAAACACACACACACACACACACGCCUUGUACGCCACUUUGUUGUUUUUAUUCUUGACGGCUUCCGUAGAUCGAGCAAAGGACCAAUUCAAAUGCAGCUAGGGGUUGCUUCCGCGUUGUGAUGGUUAAGAGGAACACAAACAAACUAAUAACUUUAAAUGAAAAACACGGCAACGCGCUAGCAAUGCAAUGCAAUGCAAUCUAAAGAGGGUCGGGUUAUUAUUAGAAGCGCCGAACGGCAGGGGAGUUCUACAGGCUGGGUUUAAUAUUUUUGACGUUGACACAUUUCUUUUAAUUAAUAAGUUGAGGAAUACAGGAAACGCCAGCACAAAUAACAGUUUGCAUUGCUGUAGCCUCUAGGACGGUCACCCAUGACAGGGAAUCGUUUCGCAUUAGACAGUAUCGCUGUGCUAUCGAGGUCAUUCCGAGCCGAACACGUCGGGAGAAAUGCGAUUCUUGUGUGAUCAAGGACCGGUUAUUUAUUUACAACAACUCGGGCAACGCCGUCAGCUUUAGCAGAGAACACUAGACCAUUUCAGGGUGUGUUAGGCAUGGGCAAUAAAGUAUUUUAAAACCCAUUCCAUCUUCAGGUUAGCGUAAACUGACAAGAUUAUUAUUAUUAUUAUUAUUAUUAUUAUAUUAAUCCAAGUCUUGGCUGUUAUGUAAAACUGUCCUACGUUACUGUAAUGCUAGAAUGUUCAAACACGUGUUCGGUUCUGGGUUCCUUGUUAGAACCGCUCACACCGUCCUAACUUGGGCCGUCACGCUGGUGCUUUUCCUGCACGACACAGACCUGCGGAAACAGGAGUCCCGCGGGGAGCUGCUGCAGCCGGUGCUGUUUGUCCUGCUGGUGCUGGUCUCUGUGCUGCUGUAUUUCGCAGUCUCCCUGAUGGACCCCGGAUUCGUCUUCUCAGACAGCGACGCCAAGUUCACCCUGGGAGUGAGCGAGGAGGAGCAAGAGAUGAUCCUGCAGACUCCGAAGGCAAUGAGACAGAGACGCUGCGGGUACUGCCUGCUGCAGCAGCCGAUGCGCGCCAAGCACUGCCUGACCUGCAAGCACUGUGUCCGGCGAUACGACCAUCACUGCCCCUGGAUAGAGAACUGCGUGGGGGAGAGAAACCAUCGCUGGUUCAUCAUCUACCUGGGGGUCCAGCUCAUCACACUGAUCUGGGGAUUCCACCUGGCCUGGUCGGGGUUCUCUUACGCCCCUACCUGGAGUCUCUGGCUGCAGCAGAACGGCUUCCUGCUCGCUGCCUUCUGUCUGGUGGCUGUGUUCUCUGUGGUGGUGGUCCUGCUGCUCGGCUCCCACCUCUACCUGGUGUCCUGCAACACCACCACCUGGGAGUUCAUGUCCCGCCACCGCAUCUCCUACCUGAAGCACUGCGGAGCCGACGAGAACCCCUUCGACCAGGGCAUCAGCCGCAACCUGUGGAGUUUCUUCUGCCUGUGCCGCACCGUCGCCUGGGAGAAGGUCUACUUCCGAGAGGGCAGCGACCCCGUGUAACCAGCUUCUUUUCAGACGAAUCCUGGGAGGUGGCGAUCCCUCCCGCACUGCUCCAGGCUCUUCAACUUUGGUUUGGGUGUCCCUUGACCCACCUUGUGUAAUAUUCUAGGACGUUAUUACAGAAGCUUGUCUGGGAGGACUUUGAAGAAAUGGCCACUGGGUGACAUUGCUUGAGCUGUUAAUUCAGCAGGCGAAUGCAUUCCUCCCAGUGGAGUGUUAGUUAAGGAUACAGGCUUGCAGGGUCUCUGGCAGUUUCGUACUGUGGUGCCUGGUGUAGAACAGGAAAUACAAAUGUUUUAAAAGGAAUUUUCUGCAGCCUUCCUUCGUGUUAACAGCUGGGGUGAGGUGCAAGUCCAGUUCCCUAUUUCACUUCAGAUCAUAGCUGUGUUUAUACUGUGUUGUGCACUUUCAACUACAGGGUAAGGAACACAAGAGAUUUAUCGAACAAUAAGUAAUUUCCUGCACAGGAUUGCACACCAUGCACUAAUCAGACUGUUUUAAUUGUUUCAGUUUUGGUUUGUUUUUUUUACAAAAAUGAUAUUGCGGGCAGGGUUUGUGUAACAAGUGACUUUUUAAUUAUAAAAAGUAAUCUCGUUUUAAAAUGAACAAAUUAAAGCUUUGCAAGAGAUUCCUUUUAAAUGUUGGACUCUUCAGCUUGCUGUAAUGUUUGCAAUUCUUUUCCUUUUUCUGCAAGCGUGAAACAGCACUUUCCAAAUGGAUAGAUUAUAAUGUAGUUGAUGCGUCUCAGAGAGGAUAAAUCAGAAUAUUUAAAAAACAAAUGGUGUUAUUGCUGCUCUUUUGCGUAUGUAGCUUGCUAGUUUGUCAGGUGGUAAAAGUUUACAGCACAAUAAUUGUUUGGAUUAACUUUGGAGGACAGAUUCCUGCGAGUUAUUGUGACCCUGCAAAGUGUUUUAAUGUUCUGUACUGCAGACCAAGUCAGCUGCUGUUGUAGAUGUCUGCUCCUAGCAGAGUGAGGCAAGAUGUACUGGACUCUCAGCGUUCAGUAAACAGCAAUACUCUAAUGGAAAAACGGGCAUCUGUUUUUGGGAAAUAAAAUUCUUUAUGCAAAAAUGAGUGCAAUGUAUAGGAUAGCUAUUUUCUUCAUAGGUUUGUGAAAGUCUGUUAAUUUGUAAUUGUAAAAGCCAUUGAUGAUAAAAUCUGCUCUGGUCCUGAUAAUCA